CCCUUAUUAGGUUUCAUACGUUAACCUUGGGUGGCUCAUUCUAGUGAUCAUGGAAAAUGGGAUGAAGGGAACAGUGACGCCACUUGCAUCUAUAUUUCCUGCGGAAGGGGCCCUAAAGGCUGCGAAGCGUGUGCAGGAAACCAUUGUAGACCGGCAAAAGGAGUUGGAGUAUGUCCAUAACUUUGUUGUGGACAAUACCAACCUCGUCAAUCUUGUGCAGAGGCUCCCCGAUGAACUAUCCCACGACGUCAUGGUUCCGUUCGGCAAGGCGGCAUUCUUCCCUGGUCGUUUGAUCCAUACUAAUGAGUUCCUGGUUCUAUUGGGAGAAGGGUACUAUGUCGAAAGAACAUCCAAACAAACUACUGAGAUUCUACAAAGAAGAGGAAUGGUUCUGCAGGAACAAGUUGAUUCUCUGAAGGCUAUGAUUGAAGACCUUAAAACUGAAGCUUCAUUUUUUGAUGCUACAGCUAUUGAAGCUGCUGAAGGUCUUGUUGAAAUAAGGGAGGAUAUUGAAGAGAGUCCUUUAGAAGAGAUGGCUAAUCAGUCAGGUGUGUCAAAACCAGUAGGUUCUUUUGAAGCGAGCAAUGUGAAAGAUACUAAUGAAGAUGAAGAGUAUGCUCGAAUGAUGGCCAGGUUAGAUGAACUUGAGAAAAUGGAACUUGCAGCAGAAAGUAAUGAUGAGGAUGAAGCCGAAACUGAUUUUCAGUGCUCAAUAAGUCAGCAUGCUUAUGAUGGCCAUCUCUCAGAUGAGCCUCAGCUAAUGGAUUCAGUUCAACAAACAAAAGAUAAAAAGGCGAUUAACACAACCACAAAAAAUCCUUUGCACAACCUUGGCUCUGAACAAGGUUUUGUUAAUCAGUCAGCUAUGGAAGAUUUAGAGGUGCGACCUGUGCGUAAAGAGAAGCCCAUCUCCGUUGAGAAUCCUUUUCUGUCUCCUGGUUCGAGGGAGAAGGUUCAUUUAACAACUGCUUCAAGAACUGAGGUUGCUGAAGAUAAGUCUACUAGUUAUAGAUCAGAGACAGGCUAUGAUAGUUCAAAGGCUUUUACAGGCUCCAUCGUAGAACACACUCGUGGUUUACAAACUAAACCUGUGGAGCAAACCAUUACUUUGCAGCCCUCAAAGCCAGUCUCUAGAUUCAAGAUGCAGAAAGGUGGUCGCUGACAUAAAUCAAGUGAGAUACACUGUUUUGGCACUGUUUUAUAUCAAGAUUGCGUGACGACUUGUUUAUUGCACUUGUACUUAAGAAACUGUUCCAGCAGUUAAAAUAUCAAUCACAAGACUGCCCUUGCUGUUUUUUGAGUAGAGAAUGGGAGUUACACUCAUACUUUCUGGUGCCAUUGGAGUGGAGUUCAGAGUUGUUUUUAACAAUUAAGAAUUGAACUUAUCCUUUGUUGGGGAGCAGGAACUU